AUGGAACAUCUUCCCAGAGGCUUACUGGCGACGGCCACUCAGAAGGUUUCCGCUGACCUGACGGCGGCUGACAUGGUUGAGCUCGCAGAUGUUGCACGUUUGUGGAGAGUGUACAGCGCCAACCCGUCAGUGCAUAACGAUGACAAAGGUUACCGGCUGGAGAACCUCUUCUGGAGAAUCUGGGGUAAUCGGCGUCUGUCGAGGUCACUGAGUGGCUCCAUGCUGGCCGAUCUGUUUUCUCGGAUUGCAGACCAGCGGUCGAUUUCUCUAUCCGAGCUGCACAAGGCCCACAAGAGAGCGUCUCAGGUAGACAAACCACGCAAGCCGAGCAGUAGCAGCGGCAAGCCACUGGCACCGAUUCUCAAGAAGCCAAGCAGCAGUCAUUCCUCGCACGGAGAAACACACAAGACCACCCGGAUCCUACUGACUGGCCUGGAUGGUCAGACUACCACUCGCAAACCUUCUAACACGCCCACUCCCAUACCGGCCCCUCCGUUGGUCGUGCCAGAGCCUGCUGCCAGAGCUCCCCAGAGGAAGAUUGUCCUUACGGCCAAAGCUAGAGGCACCAAGCGUCGGCCAGUGAUCAAGCGUCGCAAGUCGUCCCAGCACUCAACUGGUACUACCGGUAGCUCGACUCAGGACCCUGCUCCGCUCAUGACAGACUAUCCUGAAAGUCGGCCAGUUCUGAUGCGGCGUAAAUCAUCUCAGCAGUCCGAGACCAGCAGUUCAGUCGUGGAGACGCCCCCCGACUCAGUGGAUGCUAAAGGGCUUCCACGAUCCAAACCUCGUGGCUCGCACCAGUCGUCUAGCACCAGUGAUAACUCAGCCCGAGUUCACACUCCACAGUCUGAUUCCGUGUCUGGGAGUAAGAACCUUGUCGAAUCUCCCAAGUCCAUGCUGUCGGAGUCUUUGCAGCAACCCGAGUCGGCUACACUAACUGUUGACUGCCAGACUCAGGCCAAACCGGCUGAAAUGAAGGUGUCCGAGACUGUGAAAGAGGUUGCCAUCUCCCCGAAGGGGACGAACGGAGGGUUGUCUGUGGAAUCCCAGUCAGAGACAGCUACUGUUAUUGACCGUCCAGAGGAACCGCGUCUGCCGGAAGAAUUUCUGGAGCAAUUGAAAGAGCUGCUGAAUCCCGUCAACCCUCCCAGACCCCCAUCACCGCCGCCGCACAAGCGUCCAUGGGGCGACUUCCUGGUCCACCCACCCACCCCGAAGCCGAACGUCUUCGUGCCCAGUGCGAUUCGGCGCUAUGACUACCGAUACCUCGAGGCCAAGAACUACCAGCCCACGACUGCCAAGUUGGUCGACAAGGACUUCCGACAGCGGUUCUCAGACAGUGUUCGCACGGAGCACUUCCUGGCGUCGACUUUGGGGGGCAGCAGUUGGGGGGUGUCUACGACCCGCUCGAAUCCGAUGCAGACAGCCGACACACUGAUUGAUUCGGGGAUCCAAGGUCAUGGCAAUACCUUGACUCCGGGUUCUGGGGCGACUGUAGAGACCGUGUCGGACGAUGAGAUCUCGGGAGAGUCGGACGUGGAGGUCAACGAUGGGGAAGAAGAAGAUUUGGCUGGGCAGAGUGGGUUCUCGCUACCUCCGCGUCGUAGUGGGAUUAGUGACUUGCUUGACCAGAGCCGCCGCCGAUAG